AUGUUACAUGUUUUGCGAUAAAACCUUAUCUGCUAUUGUGAUUAAAUUAAUAUUGAACGCGUUAAAAUGGGUUCUGAAAUAUUAAGGCAAAUGCUGUGGUUAAUUUUAUUUCUCUAUAGUGUUGCUGCCUCAGAGAGUUGCGGCUACCAGUCCUGUCAUUUAACCAAAGAUGGAUACAUUAAUUUACAUAUGGUACCGCACACCCAUGACGACAUGGGUUGGCUCAAAACGGUCGACCAGUACUAUUAUGGAGUGCGACAAGACACCUACCCAGCGUCAGUACGCAGCAUUUUAGAUAGCGUGGUAGAGGCGCUAAAAGAAAAUUCGGAUAGGAGGUUCAUAUGGGUUGAGACAGGAUUCUUUUGGAAGUGGUGGCUAGAACAACCGGAAGACGUCAGAGAUAAUGUGCGAAAUUUGGUAAACAGUGGUCAGCUGGAGUUCGUAGGUGGGGGGUGGUCCAUGAAUGAUGAAGCCACCACUAAUUAUUUGGCUAUAAUUGAUCAAAUGACGUGGGGACUUAAGAAAUUGAACGACACUUUUGGUGAAUGCGGCAGACCAAAAGUGGGAUGGCAGAUCGAUCCUUUCGGCCACAGCAAAGAGAUGGCUUCGAUUUUUGCACAGCUCGGUUUCGAUGGCCUAAUCAUCAACCGAAUAGAUUAUGAAGACAAGAAUAUUAGGUUGGCCAAAAAGUCGAUGGAGUUUAUUUGGCGAGGAAGUGACAGCCUAGGAGCUUCGAGCGACAUUUUCACUAGCGUUAUGUUCCGUCAUUACAGCGCUCCCAGUGGAUUGUGCUUCGACUCGGUAUUAUGUAGGGACGAAUUCUUGGUCGACGAUCCGGAUAACUCAGAGUAUAACAUACGAAAAAAAGCUGAGGACUUCAUCAACAAUUAUGUUGAAGAAGCCAGGAAAAGUUACGGUACCAGCAAUAUUCUCAUUCCGUUUGGCGAUGACUUCAUGUACCAAUCUGCUGGAUCUUACUUGAAGAACUUGGACAAAUUAAUCCAGUUCGUAAACAACAAUACAUUCAACGGGCAGAAAUACAACUUGAUAUACUCCACCCCGUCCUGUUAUGUGCGAGCGGUAUCCGAUGAAAUAAAAGAUAAAGCUACCUUAGAAGUGAAAACCGACGAUUUCUUCCCCUACGCCGCAGGUACCAACAACUACUGGACCGGAUACUAUUCUUCCAGGCCCACAAUGAAAAAUUACGUCCGCUAUUCCAACAACUUUCUCCAAGUUUGCAAACAGCUAAAUUCAUUAACCAAUGUCACUUUCUUGGAUCCGAGACUUGACGCACUGAGAGAAGCCAUGGGUACCGUCCAGCACCAUGACGCUAUUACUGGCACUGAGAAAGAACACGUUACCCACGAUUAUGUCAAAAUGCUACAUGCUGGAAUCACUGGUUGUGAAGGAAUUGCAAAUCAAUCACUUUUUAAACUGAUUCGAUCCUCAAAUAUGAAGUUCGAAACGUGUCCUUUGUUGAAUGUAAGUCAGUGCGCUGCAACAGAACUAGAAGAUGUUUUGAUAAUUACAGUCUAUAAUCCGCUGAGCAGGAACGUAUCUAAACAUGUGCGCCUACCCAUCAUAGAUGGGUCGUAUACGAUUAGAGAUCCUGAAGGAAACUUCUUGGUGACUCAGGAAAUACCUAUUUCAGAAUCUGUGUUAAAGGUACCGGGCCGAACAAGUAAGGCCACUAAGGAAGUAAUUUUUUUGGCACAAAACGUCCCACCUUUGGGUUUUAAGUCCUAUUUUUUUGAGAAAACUAGUAACAAGUUCAAAACGAAGUCAUUAAAUUUACCAAAGAAAGUGAGUUACAAGAGGAAAUCGCCCAACGACUGGAGUUUUUCCUGGAAGAACAUUACUUUGGACCUCACGCAACCUCUUCUAUACUAUAACGGUACCGAUGGAGAUUCCUACGCACUGAAAACGGGCGAAGAAAUCCAUUUUCGUGAGAUAUCACCAUCCGUGGUCUACGAAGGAGAUUUGUUAACCGAAAUUCACCAGACGUUUAGCGAUUGGGUCAGUCAAAUUGUCCGCAUGUAUUCAAACGAAUAUUUUGUCGAGUUUGAAUAUCUCGUCGGACCGAUACCUGAUAAUACAACGGGGAAAGAGGUAGUGAGCAGAUUUUCUACAGCUACAAACAGUCACUCAAAAUUCUACACGGACACUAACGGUCGCGAUACUUUGCAACGGAUUAGAGAUUACAGGCCUACCUGGAACACGUCAGUAGAACCACCGAGACCUGAAAAGAACUACUAUCCAGUAACAUCGAAGAUAUCUAUUAUAGACGACAAUGAAGAAACAAUGGUUAGUCUAUUGACGGACAGAGCACAAGGGGCAACAAGUUUAAGGGAUGGGGAAAUUGAGUUGUUGGUGCACAGAACAUGUAUAGGCGAAGGAGCUUACGAACAAUUGUUUGAGGAAGCUUUUGGAACUGGCGUCGUUACUAGAGGAUCGCAUUAUCUGGUUUCCGGACUGCUCAAUGUUUCUGAUUCUGAAAACAUACUGGCUAUAGAAAAAGAUUUAGAGGAAAGAAAAUUUCUGGACUCUUGGGUAUUCUUCGCUUCAAACAACAAUGUAUCAUUCGAAGAAUACAGGGAGAAGCAUGUGAUGGAGUUUUCAGGUUUAAAGAGAGCAUUGCCAUCAAAUGUGCACGUUUUAACUCUCGAGCCGUGGGCUCCAGAUACCAUUUUGUUUAGGUUGGAGCAUCUGUUCGAAAAGGACCUAAACAACGAACUUUCGAAAAACGUUACUGUGAAUGUCAAAGAUUUAUUUUCAACAUUUGAAGUGCUAUCUAUUAAGGAGGCAACAUUAGGAGCCAAUCAGUGGUUGGAAAACAACACUUCCUUCAAUUUUGUAAACGUUUCCAAAACCAAGUUAAAUGACGGAAAAUUUGAAAUCACCCUGCGACCAAUGGAGAUAAGAACUUUCCUAAUUGAAAUUAAAUUCUAUUGAAACGUAUAUAUCAGGAAAUUAAA